GCUUCUUAGCAGCAACAGUCUCACGGGCUCCAUUCCUUACAGUAUCUCUGCGCUGAAGGAACUCGAAUUGUUGAAUCUUAGCAGCAACAGUCUCACGGGCUCCAUUCCUUACAGUAUCUCUGCGCUCACGGCACUUGGAAAGCUGGAUCUUAGCAGCAACAGUCUCACGGGCUCCAUUCCUUACAGUAUCUCUGCGCUGAAGGAACUCGAAUUGUUGGAUCUUAGCAGCAACAGUCUCACGGGCUCCAUUCCUGACAGUAUCACUGCGCUCAGGGCACUCGGAUAUCUGAAUCUUCGGAAGAACAAUCUCACGGGUCCUAUUCCCGACAGCCUCGUUCCGCAAUGGUUCUUCCCUUCUGUCUCACCUAAGGGGGCUGAUGGCGGUCUUGUUCCGCAGUGGGCUGUCCCUUCUACCUCACCACCACCACCUAAGCCUUCUGGUUCUGUCACUCCACCUGUCAGUGUGGUGGCCGCUGCCAUUGCUGUUGCGCUUACCUCACUGCUCUUUGUGUAG